AUGACGGAUCAGGAGAGUGGCAAUUCCACCCCACGGUCCUUCACGGGCCAAACUGCCUCCGCGGAAGACAUGCUCAAGUCGCAAACCGUCGGUCUCGUGCAUCUAUCCGACUUUCGCAAACGGCGCGCCGAGGUCCUAGAGCAGAAAGAGCGCGAGGCGCAUGACAAGUCCCUUGGGCGACUGGCAUCUGGUAAUUCAAGAAGCGCAACUCCCUCUGCAGGCGAUGUGACUGACGGAUCGUCAACGCCUCGAAGCGAUGAUCCUCCCAAAAAGAAAAAGAAGAAGCCUCUUGCGAAGAGCAAGCUCUCAUUUGGCGACGAUGAGGAUGGGACAGGCGAAGAGUCCGCAGCUACUCCACGCGAAUCGAGUAUAUCUCGGUCGGGUUCGAAGACACCGAUAGAGGAUGGCCCAACCUCGGGAGCUGUUCGCAUGAAGGCCAACCCAAAUGCGCCACCUCCUCCGAAAGCUCUGACCAAGGCCGCUCUGGAAGAACAAGCGCAGGCUCGUGAUGCACUUCGUAAGGAAUUCUUGGCCAUGCAAGAAGCUGUCAAGAACACGGAGAUAUUGAUCCCAUUUGUAUUUUUCGAUGGUACAAGUACACCUGCUGGUCCAGUGAAAGUCAGGAAGGGAGAUCACGUAUGGCUGUUUUUGGAUCGGUGUCGCAAGGUUGGUGCAGAGUUGGGAGUCGGUGGUGCCAAUGGAGCUUCCAAGGCACGGAAAGAUACUCGUCGAGAAUGGGCACGAGUCAGUGUUGACGACUUGAUGCUUGUAAAAGGCAAUAUCAUUGUUCCUCAUCAUUAUGAGUUCUACCACUUCAUCGCCAACCGGGUGCCAAGCUUCUCCAAAACGGGGGGAUUAUUAUUUGACUACACCAACAAGCCUCCCCCAGAGCGCUCAAAUGAUGGCCCGUUGUAUCGACCCAGUGACCAUCCAUUGGAGGGUGCUGACAAGGACUCGGCGGAAACCAAAGUAGUAGACCGUCGCUGGUAUGAAAAGAACAAGCAUAUCUUCCCGGCCAGUCUUUGGAACGAGUAUGAACCUGGCAAAGAAUUUGAAGAAAAGAUGAACUCGACACGGCGUGAUGCACAGGGAAAUACAUUCUUCUUUUAG